AGUAACCAUAAACCAAGUAUUCCAAGAGACAUGUACAUGGAGGGAAAACAUACUGGAUAGUUAUAGAGCAUGAAAACAUUUGUGAUACAACUGAAACAUAUAUUACAACAUAGUCCUUAGCUUUGGCAUUGUGGCAAUCAGUGUAUUUAUUUCUAUUUCCGUUAAUAUGUUAGAAACAAGUUUCAAACGAUAGUACUGCUUUAACGUCCAUCCCCUCUAGUUUUUUCCUUGAUUAUAGAAUUUGAUUAUCCUGAUUCAUUGUUCUAAUUUACAACUAAAAAUUUUCGUGUUUUCAUUCGGGUGUUAGCUGUUUACAAAACAUACUGUUAUUCUGGCAAUCUACAAAUCUUUUAAGAACUCGAGUUUUUUUUUUAAUUAUACCAAUGUGACAUGUUUUUAAAAGUGUUAAGUAGGUCUCGUUCGCAUAAAUCAUACCAGUUGUAUCUGUCGUAAAUAAAAAUGUCAACCGGCGUCGUUUUCCUAGAUACUCGAGUGGGUUCAAUUUAGCCCAGAAUCCAGCUUGAUCAAAGUACCAGUUCGUAAGAUUAUUUAAAUAGGAUGAUGAGGCCGAAAAAGAACAAGGAGAACAAGAAACUACCUUCUGCAGAGCCGGUUCAGAUCACUGACACUGCCAUCGAAUGCCUUCUUGUAUCUGACAAUGAGACAAAAAGACAGUCGCUGGGAAAAAGACGGUCACUCCUUCUUCCGAAAGAGCGAGACGAGUACAUCGGUGAUGAGAAUGAUGACGAAACUGAAAAAAGGGCGAGGCGUGAGGCUGCUGAGGAGGAAGCUAGGAAACAGAAGGAGGAAGUGCAACAGAAAGAGACAAAGAAAACUCCUUUUAGCGCCACAAACAACUUUUCAAAAGAUCAGUGGGAAGAACAUUUUUCCCGCUGUAUUCAGCUAUGCAAUCAAAAUAAAGUAAAUUGUAAAAAUGCAUUUAAACUCAAGAUAAUUGACUAUAUGAAGCUGAUUUUUUUGAAUAAGUCGAAGAAAAUUGAAAAUUUGUCUCUUAUGAGCUGUACUCUCGAUGCCAGUGCGAAAAUUUAUUCGUACCGGGUUGACAAAGUUUAUGCUGAUAUGGUCAAAGUGAUAUCAGGGAAAGAGUGGACUAAGGAGGAUGAUAAUGAUAACGAAAAUGAAAAAGAAAAACAACAACAAGAAGAAGAUGUUGAAGAAGAGGAAGAUCAGGCAAACAAAAAGAAGAAAAAAAGUAGGAACAGUGAUUUCUCCGAACUUCAGUUAGAUAAGAUGCUGUGCAAAGAUGACCAACAAUUGGAAAAAAGUGAAAAUCAGGAGGGCGAAAGCUCAUUUAAAGUUAAGACGUUCCCCACAAAUGAUAUUGAAUACUUUCUCGAAUGUCCUAUAUCAGAUCCGGAAGGAGAACUUUUAUUGAACGGACCUGUAUUUACGACUUCUCUAGAUCCUGGGUCCAACCGCAGUCUACAAUUAGGCCCAAGAUACACUGGGCAACGUGUGAGUGUUGAUCCUAAUUUAUACCUGGCUGAUUAUAAGAAUAUGUACAACUCUUUCGCCUUGAUCGGCGAGGGUAACCAAUCAGAAAUAAGAGAAGUAGAUAAGGAUCUGAUGUAUGAUGCGGAUGAGCUUGUUUUACAAGAUGAACUCAGGUGCCAACCAGAUAACGACGAUAUGGUUGCGGCAAUAAACGAGCCGGAAUACUGUGGGGAUUAUGAUGACUGUUGUAUGGAAGACGAUGAAACUGUGCAUCACAUGAAUUCAGUCCAGCUCAAAAACAUCACGCCAGUUCCUAAGGUGGCCCCAUUUUCAGUACAAGCAAUGACCAAGCUUGUUUCUGCUGAGCAUGAUGAAUUCAGUUUCUUUGACAACAGCAAAGUCAAUUUUUGGAGUGGUCCAUCUCACUGGUCAAUCAAACAAUCGACAAAGAAAAUUGGUCAGAAACUGCAGAAGGAUGUUAAAAAACCUGCAAGAAAAGUGCAAGGUGUCGAUUUAUCCAUGGAAAACGUUGAAGACAUAAUUAAAGCUUACUCGGAAAGUAUAAAUGUCACACUUGCUACAAAAACGUUGAAAAUGUGGAAUAAAUCGAAAUGCAGCGAGCCUGAAGAUAUUCAUUACACGCAGAAACAAAUGUUAAGCCUAUUUUGUAAUAAUCAUCUACUGUAUAUUGACAAAAACUUCAAAUCAUUAGGAGUUCAUUUUUCAUCAGGCAACGACCAGGAUUGUGAAGAGGCGAUAAUUAAUUCCUUCAAAAUUAAUGAAGAAGGAGAAGAGGAGAUAGGCGAUGGUGAUCAUUUUGACGAUCUUAUCAAUGAUUCUCCUUUGAGUCCAGGCUCCGACUUGGCACAACCUCUUUUGGAGCCGGGGUCAAUUGCUGAAAACACAAAUGACGUCUCCAACAAUAAAGCCGACAAUGAUCUAAUUCCUGCUCCAUUCAGAGUUAAUGAAAUACAAAUUGAUUACGCGAAGACGCAAAAGAAAAUAAAUAUGAAGGUGUUGAAAGCCACAAUUUGGAAACUACUCAAUUUAGAUUCAGAUGUAGAGAUUGUUCCAGGACCGAACAGAACUAGUAAAAAAGUUGUGUUUUCCAAUGUUUAUCUAAAUCUCUUUAACGAGCUCCCGAAGGAGGAUGCGAAAGCGCUUAGUUUUCCAAUAGCCUACAUGGCACUACUGCACUUAGCAAAUGAAAAAGCUCUUUUCUUGGAGGGUGACAACAUGUAUCAUGAUGUUACUGUCAUGUUGGCUUCACCUCCCAAAAUGAAUUUGAUUCAGUAUUAAAAAAAAAAAUGCUAAUGCACUACUCUAAUUGUAUCUCGUUUGUUGCAAUUUAAAAGAAAGGGAAGAAAGGCAUCAGAGAAAAAUGAUAAAGCUGUAAAUAUGUAUAAAUAACUAAUUGUGAUACUGAACUCAAAAUUUAACCUUUUCUUGCAAUUU